CUUUGAGCCACGCGGUAUCGCCAACGUGGAUGUUGCACUAUCCGUCUAUCGUCUGUCGCGUCUGUCGACUGUCGCCUGUUUGUUGUCGACGCCGGUCUCGUAAGAUCAACAAGCCGGUGGGUGCCCUUGCCUCAGCCCUCAGCCCUCGCCCUCCCUCAGCCUCAGCCCUCGUGCCUAAUAAUCCACUCAGCUCCAGCCGUCAUCCAUGCCGUUACUCGACGCGAUCAAAUCGCGUCUCCCCAGUUCCUCCUCCUCCACAAAGUCAGACACUAGCGGCGAGUACUACUCGCGCGCACUUCGCACGCACAUCGAAUCCCUCACCUCCCCUUCUCCGGACACGCCCAUGUCGCGCCCAGGCGGCGCCCUCUCCCCGCCGCUCCGUACGGCCUCGCCGCGCCCCAAGUUCAACGCCGACCAGCUCCGGCCCUAUGUCCGUACUCUGCUUGCCAAGACGCUCGCGAACGCCGUGUGGGACGGGAAUGACAAGGCCCGCAUGAGCCAGUACUCGAAGGAUAUCUGUGAGAAAGUCAAGGCUCGCAUGCUCGAGAUCGAGCCAAAGGGCUUCAAGUACAUCGUCACGACCACAUUUACCGAGAACCUCGGACAGGCCGGACGCGCCGACAUGGCAUGCCACUGGGAGGACACUGAUGCAGCGUGCCAGGAGAUCUUCUCCAACGACGGCAUCAUCUUCGUGUGCAUCGCAUACGCCGUACGCGUCAUCUAGACGUUCUACAAGUCCCCAGCUCUCCCGAUCCUCACCUUGCAUUGUUUUCACUUUCAACCCAUUUAGCAU